AUGACUUUGGACUAUUCAACCGGGCUUAUGUCAAAUCAAUGGCAGAUACUGUGGGGAGGAAGAGCUUGCUCUGUGCUCCUCAAGAGACUCAAAAGGAUUAGGCGUCUUCUCGCUGAUCCCUUUUCUAUGAAUUCUUUAUCCAAGUUUGUUCAGAAAUUCGACAAAAUGCUGUGUGAAAGGCUGAAGAAAAAAGAAGAUGGGAAAAGCUUUGCGUUGCUUGACUUUAAUAUGAAGAUAUUCUUUGAUGCAAUGUGCGACAUGCUGAUGAGCAUCACGGAUGAUUCGUUGCUUAAACAACUUGAGAAAGACUUCACUGCUGUAUCUGAUUCCAUGAUAUCCCUUCCUUUCAUGAUUCCCGGCACCAGAUACUACAAUGGCAUCAAGGAUCAUCCAAACAUUUGGAGGUAUGAUUGCCGUCGAAGGCGUGGAGAGGAACCUCCUGAAGACUUCCUGCAAUCCAUGUUACAGAGAGAUUCAUAUCCAGACAAUGAAAAGCUUGAUGAUUUGGAGAUCAUGGACAAUAUAUUAGCAUUGAUCAUUGGCGGGCAGUCUACCACUGCAGCUGCAAUAAUGUGGAGUGUCAAGUUCUUGGAUGAAAACAGAGCAGUGCAAGACAGGCUUAGGGAAGAACAAUUGUCAAUAACUCGAAACAAGCCAGAUGGAGCCCUACUUACCCUUCAAGAUCUUGACAGCAUGGCCUUUGGAUCAAAGGAGAUGCCAAAGCCAUUUACUUACAUACCCUUUGGAUCAGGACCCAGGACAUGCUUGGGAAACAAUAUGGCAAAAGUGACAAUGCUGGUGUUCUUACACAGACUGACUGGUGGAUACAAGUGA